AUGAAUCUUCUAUUCAUUUCUGCUAGAAGAACAUUUCAAUCUUCUUUCUCUUCACAACGUUUUCUCUUACAUACGUCUCGAUAUCUAUCAACUGAAAAUACUACUGAUAUUCAUCAAUUUAAAAAACAAGAUUUAAAAGGUGAUUAUCCAUCAUCUUCUCCUCGUCGUCAAUAUCGUUAUUAUCUUUUAUCAAUUGCUGCUGGAGCAUUAAUUGGUGCUGCUUAUACUCUUCGUCAAUCACAGAAAUAUGAAGGUCUUAUGCCUGAAUAUAUAUCCAAUCCGGAAUUACUCGAACGUCAAGCUAUGGAAGCUCGACCAUUACCACCACCAGUUACCAAACAUGUUACAUUUGAUGAACCACCAAGAGAAAAUUUUCCAUUUAAAUUAACACUCUAUCAAUAUGUUACAUGUCCAUUUUGUUGUAAAGUUCGUGCAUAUCUAAACUAUAAUCGUAUACCAUAUGAUAUAGUUGAAGUCAAUAGUGUAAUGCGUUCCGAAACUAAAUGGUCCAUAUAUAAAAAAGUACCAAUAGUUGUUGUUGAAAAUGAAUAUAUUCAAUUAAAUGAUUCAAGUAUGAUUAUAUCAUCAAUUGAAUCAUAUUUACGUAUGCCAACAAAAACAUUUAAAAAUAUAUCAAAAUUAUAUCAAUCAAUUAUUGAAAAAGAUGAAAAAGGAAAAUUAUUAUUUAAUUAUCCAAAUAAAUAUUUUCUUGUUGAACCAUUAUUAAAUGAUCGUUUAGAUCCAACAAAACAAGUACAAACAGAAAAAACAAAACAUGAUGCUAUAGAUAAUAAUAAUAAUAAAAUACAACCAAUAGAUAAUAUUCAACCAUCGAAAUCAUUUUUUGCUAGACUUUUUUCAAAAUCUAAACCUCAACAUGAACAAGGUUUAAUUAAUAUUGGUUCAGGAAAUGUAACUAAGAAUGAAACUACUUCACAAACUCCAUAUAUUAAAUCAAGUCAACAAUAUAAAUUAGAACGUCAAUGGCGUGAAUGGGUUGAUACAAAAUUUGUUCAUACAUUAUCACCAAAUAUUUAUUGUACUUUUAAACAAUCACUUGAUACAUUUCUAUGGUUUUCAAAAGCUGGUGAUUGGGAACAAAUUUUUCCAUGGUAUCAACGUUGGAUUAUUGUUUAUAUUGGUGCUAUUGUUAUGCGAGGUGUAGCUAUACGUUUGAAAAAAAAAUAUAAUUUAAAUGAUAAUGUUAGACUUUCUUUAUAUGAAUGUGCAAAUGAAUGGGUUAAAGCUGUUGGAGAUAAAAAUUUUCUUGGUGGAUCUGAACCAAAUCUUGCGGAUUUAAAUGUUUAUGGUGUUUUAACAGCUAUUCAAGGUUGUGAAGCAUUUCAAGAUCUUCUAAGUAAUACAAAAAUUCAACCAUGGUUUGAACGUAUGAAACAUGUAGUUGAACCUCAUUUUGCUGAUAAUCAAAUUCGUGCUACUACUUAA